AUGGAACAGAACAUCGACCGGUCGGGUGACAUUGCCAAGCUCCGCCAGGUCGGUGAGUUCAUAGCAUCGGCUAUCGAGACCGUUGCAGCCGAAUGGUCCAAGGGCGGAGCAGCCAACUCCACGUCCCCCAAUGCCGUGCAGAUCCCCAGCUGGGAGCUUUACGAUGCGCAGCGCACCUUGGCCGCCGCCGCAGGGACCGUUGAAGAGCUUGUCUGCGACCCUUCCUUGCGCCUUCUAAGCUUCUCGACGCAGUACUACGAAAGCAGAUCGCUGCACAUUGCAGCCGAGCACCGCAUCGCCGACUACCUGGACGAGAGCCCGCGCGACACCGGGGUCAAUGUGGCUCAGAUCGCAAGCAAAAUAGGCAUUGAGAAUGAAAAGCUCUCGUUGAAACACCCUGUCCAGGGACCAAGCUACAAGGUCAACGAGACGACUCUCAGUCUCGCCGUGGGGACGGAAAAGUCUCGCUGGGAAUGGCUAGAGGAGAAGGUCCACGAGGCCGGGGCUACUCUGGCGCUGCCCCCUUUCCGGCCGCCGGAAGAGGCGACAGGGAAGGGCCGCGCCCGCCCGGAACUCGCCAUUUUCAACCUUGCCAUGGUUGGCGGCGGCAAGGUGUCAUCAGCAGCCCACGUGCUCGGCAACCCUUGGGAGAAGCUGGGAAAAGCCACGGUGGUUGAUGUGGGCGGAGGACAAGGCGGUUUCGCGAGGCAACUGUACGACAAAUUUGAUGACCUCAAAUUCGUUGUCCAAGACAGGCCCAGCAUGGUGACUCAAGGGGAAGCGAUGUGGAGACACGAGAACCCGGAAGCCCUCUCGAACGGCCGGGUACGCCUGAUGGCCCAUGACUUCUUCGCAGCUAACCCGGUGAAGGGCGCCGAAGUCUACUGGCUGCGCUACAUCUUACACGACUGGUCGGACGACUACAGUAUCAAGAUCCUCACCCGGCUGCGGGAAACCAUGACUCCCGGCUCCCGGCUAUUGGUCGCGGACCAGGUCAUGGGGACAACAUGCGGCUCCAGCUCGCCGGCACUCGACGUGCCUCGGGCGCCGGAGCCGUUGCCGGCCAACUACGGGCACUACGCCCGCUACAGCCACCAGAGGGACCUGGGGAUGAUGGCGCUUAUCAACGGGAUUGAGCGCACGCCUGAGCAGUUCCGGGGUAUCAUAGAGGCGGCUGGGCUGCGGAUGGUCAAGGUCUGGCGGUGCCGCACUCAGGUGAGCAUUAUCGAGUGUCGCCUACCCUAG